AUGGCUGGAAAUGAUUGGAUAAACAGCUACCUGGAGGCGAUUCUGGACGUGGGCCCAGGCAUCGACGAGGUGAAGUCGUCUCUACUGCUUCGAGAGAGGGGGAGAUUCAGCCCCACGAGGUACUUUGUGGAGGAAGUGAUCACGGGAUUCGAUGAGACCGAUCUUCAUCGCUCAUGGGUUCGAGCGCAAGCAACGCGAAGUCCCAAGGAAAGAAAUACGAGGUUGGAGAAUAUGUGCUGGCGAAUUUGGAAUUUGGCUCGCCAGAAAAAGCAGCUCGAGGGAGAGGAGGCUCAGAGGAUGGCGAAACGACGUCUUGAACGUGAACGAGGUCGCAGAGAAGCAGUUGCUGAUAUGUCGGAAGACCUCUCUGAGGGGGAGAAAGGAGAUCUAGUUAGUGACAUAUCAGCUCAUGGUGAAAGCAACAGGGGCCGCUUGCCAAAAAUUAGUUCUGUUGAUAAUAUGGAGGCCUGGGUUAGUCAACAAAAGGGGAAACAUCUGUAUAUUGUUUUAAUAAGCCUUCAUGGUUUAAUACGUGGUGAAAACAUGGAGCUCGGUCGUGAUUCUGAUACCGGGGGGCAGGUAAAGUAUGUUGUUGAACUAGCUAGAGCUUUAGGUUCGAUGCCAGGUGUGUAUCGUGUUGAUUUGCUUACUAGACAAGUAUCAUCACCAGAGGUAGACUGGAGCUAUGGUGAACCCACAGAGAUGCUGCCUCCGCGAGAUUCCGAAGGCUUGAUGGAUGAAAUGGGAGAGAGUAGUGGUGCUUAUAUAGUUCGCAUUCCAUUUGGGCCUAAAGAUAAAUAUAUUCCAAAAGAGCUGCUUUGGCCCCACAUUCCUGAGUUUGUCGAUGGUGCUCUUAACCAUAUUAUACAGAUGUCAAAGGUUCUUGGGGAGCAAGUUGGUAAUGGCAAUCCAGUAUGGCCUGUUGCCAUACACGGACAUUAUGCAGAUGCUGGUGACUCAGCUGCUUUGUUAUCCGGUGCCCUGAAUGUGCCCAUGAUUUUCACUGGUCAUUCACUUGGUCGUGAUAAGCUGGAACAACUUUUAAGACAAGGCCGACUUUCACGGGAUGAGAUCAAUUCUACCUACAAAAUAAUGCGGAGGAUAGAGGCAGAAGAGUUAUCCCUCGAUGCCUCUGAAAUUGUCAUUACCAGCACAAGGCAGGAAAUAGAGGAGCAGUGGCGAUUAUAUGAUGGUUUUGACCCAAUACUAGAGCGUAAACUACGAGCACGGAUUAGGCGUAACGUGAGCUGUUACGGUAGAUUCAUGCCUCGCAUGGUUGUAAUUCCACCUGGAAUGGAAUUUCAUCAUAUAAUUCCGCAUGAAGGAGAUAUGGAUGCUGAAACAGAAGGAAAUGAAGAUGGGAAGUCUCCAGAUCCACCUAUUUGGGCAGAAAUUAUGCGUUUCUUCUCGAAUCCGAGGAAGCCAAUGAUCCUUGCACUUGCCAGGCCAGAUCCAAAGAAAAACCUAACCACCUUGGUCAAAGCAUUUGGGGAAUGUCGCCCGCUAAGGGAGCUUGCUAACCUUACAUUGAUAAUGGGAAAUCGAGAUAAUAUUGAUGAAAUGUCAGGCAUGAAUGCUUCUCUUCUUCUUUCAAUUCUCAAGCUGAUUGACAAGUAUGAUCUCUACGGCCAAGUGGCAUACCCCAAACAUCACAAGCAGUCUGAUGUUCCUGACAUCUAUCGUCUAGCCGCUAAAACUAAGGGCGUUUUCAUAAAUCCUGCCUUUAUUGAGCCAUUUGGGCUUACCCUGAUUGAGGCUGCAGCUUAUGGUUUGCCAAUUGUUGCAACAAAAAAUGGUGGUCCUGUUGACAUACAUAGGGUUCUGGACAAUGGGCUCCUCGUUGAUCCGCACGAUCAGAAUUCCAUUGCUGAUGCUCUUUUGAAACUUGUUGCUGACAAGCAUCUUUGGGCAAAAUGUAGGGCAAACGGUUUGAAAAACAUUCACCUCUUUUCAUGGCCGGAACACUGUAAAAACUAUCUCUCAAAAAUAGCGAGUUGCAAACCAAGGCAACCUCGUUGGUUGCGCAAUGAUGAUGAUGAUGAAAAUUCAGAAUCAGAUUCACCGAGCGACUCCUUGAGGGACAUACAUGAUAUAUCUUUGAACUUGAAGUUCUCCUUCGAUGCGGACAAAACCGAGGGCAGAGAAAAUGUAGAUGACUUUGAAGACCGGAACAGUAAGAUUGAAAAUGCUGUCUUGACAUGGUCCAAAGGCGUCACAAAGAAUGCUCAGAAACCUGGAGAUCAGAAUUCCAACGCUGGCAAGUUCCCAGCACUGAGGAGGAGAAGGCACAUUUUUGUGAUUGCUGUAGAUUGUGAUGCGAGUUCGGGUCUCUCUGAAAGUGUUAGAAAGAUCUUUGAUGCACUAGAGAAGGAAAGGGCUGAAGGUUCGGUGGGAUUUAUAUUAGCAACAUCCUUCAACAUUACAGAAAUAUGUUCUUUUCUUAUUUCAGAAAAAUUGAGCCCGACAGACUUUGACGCCUUCAUCUGCAACAGUGGUGGCGAUCUCUACUAUUCAUCCCUUAAUUCGGAGGAUAACCACCCGUUUGUUGUGGACUUAUAUUAUCAUUCGCAUAUUGAGUACAGGUGGGGUGGUGAAGGGUUGAGAAAGACCUUAGUACGCUGGGCAGCUUCUAUAACAGAUAAGAAGGGAGAAAACAAAGAGCAUGUUGUUGUUGAAGAUGAAAAGACUUCAGCUGACUACUGCUAUUCGUUUAAAGUGCAGAAGCCUGGUGUGAUUCCCCCUGUAAAAGAAGUUAGGAAGCUUAUGAGGAUUCAGGCAUUACGUUGUCAUGUUGUCUAUUGCCAGAACGGAAGUAAGAUUAAUGUCAUUCCGGUCCUGGCAUCUCGUUCGCAAGCUCUCAGGUACUUAUACCUUCGGUGGGGUAUGGACCUGACAAAAGUGGUGGUAUUUGUCGGGGAAAGUGGAGACACUGACUAUGAAGGUUUGCUUGGCGGCAUCCACAAAUCCGUGGUGCUGAAUGGAGUUUGCAGCAGCUCAAGCAACCAGCUCCACGCCAACCGAAACUACCCACUUACUGAUGUCAUUUAUUAUGAAAGUCCCAAUAUUAUCAGAACGUCCCAAGGGUGCAACAGCUCGGACAUCCGAGAAUUACUGGAAGAAGUUCUCAAGGGCUGA